AUCUAUAAAGUAAAAAAUUUUGAAAUUUUUUUGAUGAAAUACUACAGCUAAUCAGUGUUAAAAAAUAUUGACUAAAUAGAUUACAAACAAAAUUCAGAACAGUUGCAAAUUACAAUUCUUUAUCACAAUUGUAAUUUUUGUUUUUUUAAUGCGAUUUCAUAAGUAAAAAUAUUGACGACGCUAAAAUUUUUUAGUAAGUCUUAAAUAUCUCGUGGUAUGGAUAAGCAUAUCAAAAAUUAACGUAUUUUUCAUGAUUCCCGUAUAAAAAGGUGCGAAGGUUAACAGCGACUUUUCCCCGACCGAUGUAAGUUUGGCUCGUUAUCCGGGUAUAUAAGGAGCACGACGGAACACGCGUACUUUCAGUCUACGGUCCGCUGGAAUUCGUAAGCGCGCGCGAGAGAGCUUCGAAGUGCAUUCGACGAGACAGUAAAUUUAGUACAUGAAGUAGCACGUGCAGCUUCUAUGAAUUAGAGUGACUUCGGAGAGAAAAAAAAGGCAAAUACGCAUAUUCGACGAAACCCGUUUCUCUCUCAGUGAAAGUAUCCGCCUCCGUACGCAUAUACCACUCUCCAUCAUCAAUCAUUUAUUGUUGCAGUUGCAGGUCCACGUUUUUCAUUUAUGCUGACUUGAUCCAGGAUGGCUGCUGAAACUGAUCGCUGGAAGAAAAAGACCUAUGCCGAUCGGCUACGUAAAUUAGCAUCGAGACGCGUUCCGAUUCUAGCGUGGUUACCGAAAUAUAACUCAGAAAAAUUCCUUAGCGAUGUCAUAGCCGGAAUAACAGUCGGUCUUACCGUUAUGCCACAGGGACUCGCAUAUGCGACGUUGGCUGGUUUGGAACCUCAGUACGGUCUUUACUCGGCAUUUAUGGGCGCAAUAGUUUAUGUGAUAUUUGGCUCCUGUAAAGAUAUUACAAUCGGUCCUACUGCACUCAUGGCAUUAAUGACUCACGACUAUGUGCGAGGAAAAAAUGCAGAUUUCGCCAUACUUCUUGCAUUCUUAUCCGGUUGCCUGCAAUUACUAAUGGCAUGCUUACGUUUAGGUGUGCUCAUAGACUUUAUCUCGAUACCAGUCACUGUGGGAUUUACUUCGGCAACGUCCCUUAUAAUCGUUGCUUCGCAAUUAAAAGGAUUAUUAGGUUUAAAAAUUUCGUCUCAAGGAUUCGUGGAUACCUUGAUUAAAGUCUUUCAAAAUAUCGGUGACACAAGUCUAUGGGAUACUGGAAUGAGUGUCUCUUGUAUCGCGAUUCUAUUGUUGUUUAGGAAAAUGAAAGAUGUUAAGUUGCACGCUGUCGGCAAGAAGUCAACGAAUUAUCAACGUAUAAUCACGAAAGCGAUAUGGCUGAUCUCUACGGCACGAAAUGCCAUUGUCGUUGUUAUGUGCUCUGUUAUCGCAUACAAAUACGAUUCGUCUGAAUCUGGAUCCCCAUUUAUUCUAACGGGUCCAGUGAGAUCUGGUCUUCCAUCAUUCGGCUUGCCACCUUUUUCUACGCAAAUAAAUAAUCAGACUCUCACAUUCACACAAAUGUGUUCCGAAUUGGGUACUUCCAUAAUAUUAGUGCCGAUAAUAGCUGUACUCGGCAACGUAGCCAUAGCCAAGGCCUUCAUGAAUGAGGGCAAAGUUGACGCUUCUCAAGAACUCCUGACGCUCGGAAUCUGUAACGUUCUUGGGUCUUGCGCGAGCUCUAUGCCGGUUACAGGUUCGUUCAGCAGAUCAGCGGUAAAUCACGCCAGCGGCGUGAAGACUCCAAUGGGUGGAUUGUACACCGGAAUUUUGAUUUUACUGGCCCUCAGCCUGCUCACGCCAUACUUCUAUUUUAUUCCAAAAGCUUCAUUAUCGGCCGUGAUCAUUUGCGCGGUAAUAUACAUGAUCGAGUACGAGGUUGUGAAACUGAUGUGGAAAUCGAGCAAAAAGGAUCUCGUGCCGAUGUUUGUUACUUUUUUAUUUUGUCUCAUCAUUGGUGUGGAAUACGGUAUUUUGUCGGGGGUCGGCAUAAAUUUGAUGUUCCUAUUAUAUCCUUCCGCAAGACCCACAGUUCACGUCGACAGAUAUACAACCGAUUGUGGUUCAGAGUACUUGCUGGUUACUCCGGGAAACAGCUUAUAUUUCCCAGCUGUCGAUUUUAUAAAACAAUCAGUUGGUAAUGCUGGAAUAAAACAAGGAUCUAGUCAAGUACCGGUUGUUGUUGAUUGUAGAUACAUUUUAGGGGCAGAUUUUACGGCUGCUAAGGGUAUGAAAACAUUGAUUGAUGAAUUUAGUAGUCGUAAACAGGGAUUGUAUUUCUACAAUCCAAGAUCGGAUGUGGUUACCGUUUUGAAAGGUGCCUGCGGCGACGAAUUCCAAUACGUUUCAACUCAGGAAGAGCUCUCUUAUCUAUUAUCAACAAUUCAAGACAAACCUUCGCAAUCACUUCUUGAGCAAGCACAUGACAAAUUACAUGCAUCUUUAUCACUAAGUAAUUCAGAAAUGACUCAUAGAAAUGCGCGUGGUUCCUGCCAUGAACUUAGUGAAGUUUCAAGUACACUUUUACAUGCAAGUGUCAGUUGAAAUUGAAUCUUAUUCAAUUCUUAUAUUAAUAAAAAAAACAAAGUUUUAUUAAACAGAAUGUUUACAUAGUUACAAUCUUUAUUUAAAUGGUAUUAAGCACACAAAACAAUAAAUUAAAAGCGAUGUAGAAAUAAAGUUUCUUAACAUGAA